AGUGUUGAUGUGUCGGUCAGCUGGUGGCGGCGGCUGUGGAGAUGUCAGGUGCCACGACGCUCUCGUCAGCUGAGUGAGAGCUGAGCCCAGGUAAAGACAUGCAAGUGGCCAUUAUUAUCUUGUAAAUCAUAGAAGUCAUCACUUGCUUUCCUCAGUGAAAAGGGUCAACAUUUCCAGCACUCGACUUAUGAUUUGAGAGCUAUCAAGACGUUCGAUGUAACUAAAGCUCAGAAGUGCAUGUCUGAGGGACCUGGUGUGUUGAUCACUUGCCCGAAACUUCCCCGACCAACCCUUGCUACUCGAAGCAGAUUAUCAAGUAUGACAAGUCUAAAGGCCAGCCUCUCUGAAGAUGACCUCCUCGUUCCUCAGCUCAGUGGAUCGGCCUCGCAAGAUUCUACAGGAAGAAGUAAAAAGCUUAAAAAUAUUGGGCUGCAGCACCCGCGGGCUAUCUCCUUCCUCGUGCUGUGGUACAUCUUCAGUGGAAUUACCCUCUUCCUCAACAAGUAUAUUCUCACAUACCAAAAAGCUGACCCCCAUGUGCUUUGUGGCGCGCAGAUGAUGAUUACAAUGUUUUGUGGGUUGGUCCAGAUGCGAUAUCCCCUGGGCACGUAUACGCAAAUUAAAGGACAGCAGAGACCUGCCAACUUUCGGACAAGCAUGUUCAUCCUUGGCCUCCUACAACUGGGAACCAUAAUGUUUGGACUGAUAGCCAUCUAUUAUGUUGCAGUGAGCUUCGCAGAAACUGUCAAGAGCUCUGCACCUUUAUUUACUGUUUUAAUUGCCUAUUGUGUUAUAGGUGAACGAACGGGCACUUUUGUGUUCUUUUCGCUAAUACCAGUCAUGAUUGGAUUAGCGCUCUGCUCCAGUAAUGAGCUCUCGUUCAGCAUGAUCGGAUUCGUGUGUGCCUUGACAACUAACCUGUGUGAGUGCGUGAUGAGUGUGGUGUCCAAGUCACUACUCUCCAACAAAGUCUACAUCUACAGUCCAGCAGAACUACAGUUCUAUCCAAACUUAGCCGCUGUGGUGCUGCAGCUUCCCACGUGGUAUUUCUUGGUAGAUUUUGACAAACUACAGAAUCAACUGGAUCAUGAUCUGCUCUUUGCCAUUAUUCUGGAUGGCAUAUCUUUCCAUGGACAAACCAUUACUGCAUAUGUGCUCAUGUCCUAUGUGAAUCCUGUUACAUAUAGUGUUGCCAACACAACCAAAAGAGCAUGUUUGAUCUGGCUGUCAGUGCUCAUGUUUGGGAACCCAGUCACGCUGUGGAGUGGUAUAGGGACGGCAGUGGUGAUAACUGGAGUUCUGCUCUACAGUAAGGCUCGAGAAGUUGACGCACGCAGGAGAGAACAAUUUUCCAUUACUGAGGAAAAGAUGAAUACUGUUAGAUAGAAGUGAUAAGUGAUUUUAGUAAAUUAUAUUUUUUAUAUCAGCAAUUUUAUUUAUUGUUAUUCUUGAAACUCUGUGUUUUAUAUUUGUGAAAUUAAAAUCCUUAAAGGAAAUUUAACAUCUUCAAAGAAGAAUUUGUUACUUUCACAGAAGUUUACAUGAAUAACCUGUGAAGUAGUGUGUGUGCAGCUUCUGCAUCAGUACUGUGGGAACUAUUACAGAUGUCAUAAUUAUGACUUGAGCUUAUUUAAAACUUUGCAACAGUCACAUACAAAUGAAUUUAUUCGCAAAUUCCGAUUUAAAUUUUGUAUAUUUUGUAAAUCUGAACCCGGCAGGCAAAAAAUCCAUUCCAUAAUUUAUACUUGAGAAAAAUGUAGGUAAUAUAGACUGUGUACUGUUAGCUGGAUUUGCACUAGUUACCCCUCUUUGCAUCAGUAAAUUAUUUAUCCUUAGUGUUUAGGCACCAUUUAUUAAACUCUCAUCAACUCUCAGAAAUAUUUUCCAUAGUUUUGUCUAUAUAUUGCCAUUUGGAAAUUCAGAUACGUAUUAACAAAUUACUGCAUUAGUUUCUAUAGUUCAAACCGAGUGACUUCACACUGUUAAUAUAAUGUGCAAUUAAUAUAUUAGUUUCUAUAUUUUACACAUUGGGAAAUUUUUUUUUCUUUGUACAUUAGUAUGAUGCCAGUGUGGUUAUUGAGUGCUCUCAGGGCAGCUUAGGAUUCUAGUAUGAAAUAUCAAACAAAAAUGUUAUUUUUUGUCACAUUCCAUCUCUAUAGAAUAAUACAAAAAAAAUUAACAUUACAUCAUCUGUAAUAAACUGUUUAAUUAUAAAUACCGCACUAGUGUCACGUGUGGUUUAAGUGCCUUACAAAAAUCUUUGCCAUAAUAAAAAUCUUUACCUAA